ACAAUCUUUAAACGGUAUCAAGUUGAGAGGUCAAGACAACAAUGAUUGCAUUUGCCUACUUCCACUUCUAAACAUAUCGUUUUCUCUACCGGUAAACGUGAUACGUCUUUAUGGGAAUAACUAUAUAGUCAACGUGUGACUAAUCGAAUCAAGAAUUUAAGAACUUUAUUCGUGCACAAUGGAAAUAAAAGUCAUUGAAAAAUUGCCUACCGACGGAUAUUUUAAAUUCAAACAAGAUCAACUUAAUAUUGUGAGAAAAGUAUGUAAUAUGGAGGACCCUGAAAGGAUAAAACAAGGUGUAGAUAUAUUGAAAGAUUGGUUACAGAAGCAGGAAUACUUUAAUAAAAAGGAUUACUCAAAUACCUUCUUCGAAAAACUGUUGGCCAUCACAAAAGGAUCCGUGGAGCGCGCAAAAUCCCGCUACGAGAAGCAUUGCAGUUUGAAAACAAUUUGGCCGCAAUAUUUUACCCCUACUGACAUCAAUUUAGUCAGAAACGAUUUGGAAGUAUACAAAAGCAUAUUUCUACCCGACGUGACCGAGGAGGGUUGCAGAGUGUCUUUAUUCAGAAUCAGUGAUGACGCAAAACUGACUGCUGAUCUACUUAUACGCUUCACCAAAUUAGCCGUUAGUAUGUGUGAAUAUGCCCUUGCGCACGACUAUCCAAAUGGAUUUGUAAUUAUUUUGGAUUACCGGUUUAUUAAUUUAUUAGAAUUAAUAGCAUUUGCUACUCGGCAUUUUACCCUACUUCAGCACUGUAUAACAAUAACAUUGGAAGGUUACGGAAUGCGAGUAAAAGGUAUUCACCUGGUAACCGUAUCAAAAUCGGCGGAUGCCUUAGUAACCUUUUUGAAACAACUGCUUACCGCAAAAGUGGCUAGUCGUAUACACGUACACAAAGACAUGGAAUCCUUAUUUGCCCAUGUCCCUAAAAAUAUUUUGCCUGUUGAUUUGGGUGGCGAAGGUCUGCCUUUGAUUGAAAUUCAGGAAAUUUUCCUCCAGGCGCUUUGCACAAAGGAGCACAGAGAAUGGAUGAAAGAAGCUCAACGCGCCACAAUCAACGAGUCUAAGAAACCGAAAGAUCACUUCAACGAAGAUUCCAUCGGCAUGCCAGGAUCGUUCAGGACGUUGAGCUUAGAUUAAUAAAACUACAGGCCAAUUCGAUCGUACACUGAUAUCAAACAGACAUGUAAAUGAUGCAUUUAGUUAUCGUACUAUUCGCUCGUAAUUUUCUCAUACUUCGCUAGUACAUCAUUCAGAUAUUAUUCUGAUGUUACGAGUAGUGUACGUUCGAAUUGUCCUAUUAGUGUUUAAAAUUACCUAUUGGGGAAAAAAAGGAAAUAAGACAUUAGUAGUUACUUCGAAAAAUAUAAGCAUUGUAUUUUUUAUUAUUUUAUGCCUAAGCAAUUCAAGGUAUAGGCCUAGGAGCGUACACUAUCACCAAGAUCAUAUUUGAGUCAUGUUAUGUAGUUAUCGUGCGUUAAAAUUGGCCUGAAGACCAAAAUGUUUUAGCGUGAACGAUCGUCAAGGUCGUAUCAUGGCCGAAAAGCGCGGGGAAG